AUGGCCGACAACUUCGAGCGGCACAGGUCUACCAGGUGGGUCAAGGCGGACGUGCCUUCCUACGGCGACCAAUGGGGCGACGAAUACGAUAACUACGACAAUUAUGACCAGGACGUUCCUGAAGAUGAGAUCGAAAGAAGGGGGACCGAGAAGAGGACAUCAGCAACGCCUAAUUUGGUGUUAUCUAUUGAUAAUGUGGACCAUCGGUUUGACUACGAUGACGAUGACGACUCUGAACAGGCGUAUAGCCAGCCGCCUCUGGCGAUUUCUGAGCCUAAGGGUGGGUCGUUUAGAGAUACUGAAAGCGGUAGACCAGAAGACAGCGAGAGCAGUGACGAGGAUGUGUCUUAUAUUCCAGAGAGUCCGGAUAGAGAGAGAUUUGAGACUGAGGAGAGCAAGAGCCAGGCUGAUUCAGGUUCCAGAAGACCUGAGGCUUUGGAUACUUCUGCUACUUCUCUUAAAGAUGACUUUGUUCCACCAACACCGACGUUUUCCCAGUCAAACUUUUCAAAUAAUAUGCCUGAGACUCCAGUUUCCGACCGCAGUUUUGUUUCUGACGCUGAUUCUAUUCAGAGAGAGCCUGAAACGCUUAAUGUGGCUGGUCGCUACGAUGACAGUUUGAACGAGAUCCAGGAAGACCCACAGCUCGAGGGCGCUGCCACGCGUGACUCGGAAAGUGAACCGCGUGGUCGUCCGCUGGAAUUGGUUCUCUCGGUUGAUAGGUUGAAUUUGGAAGAUAGCGACUCCUCUGACGACUCUGAUUCGCUUCAUUUCAACAACGAGGAGAAAGCUCCCACUGCAAGCACUCUUGCUUUGGGCAACCAGGAGCAUGAUAAUUCACAGGCUGAUGAUAGUGUUGACUCGCCGUUGCACGUUAAUCUGCCUGACCUUCCAGGUGAAAGACGUCCUGUCAAGACAGAUGCUUUAGACUCCCUCAUUGAUGAUCUUCAAAAAAUGGAGAGACUGUCAACUUAUGGUGCUAGCUCAUCCUCGGUCAACAAGCAGCCUCAGAGUACUCAAGAAAAGGAUAUGCCUCCACCCCCUCCAGCGAAGGAUUCUGAAGAACAAGGCGAUGACAAUUUGCCUUCUCUUGCUUCGAUACAUGAUAUGUCGCUUCCUAAUUUUGAAGACCACUCUUUUAGCGACCUGGCUCCCGAGACAUCUAAUAUCCUUGAAGAAAUCACUCCGGAACUGCAAGAAGAAGUCCAGAAGGCCCAUGAACUGUAUGUUUCCCAGCUUCAAGCCCAUAAUCCUUCGGUGAAGAAGGCGCCUCCUCAGUCGCCUAAUAUCGACUUAAAACCUAGAGAGUCAGAGACUGAAGCUCCAGUGGAAGCUCCGUCUACGCCCAAGCAGCAACCUCAGGAUACCGAUCUGUUGAGGGCUUUUGAUCCAAAUAACCCUUUGCAAAUUGGCGUUCCCGUGCUUUCGCCAGAAUCAAUCUCCACCAAACACCUUUCGGGAGACUUCACUAAUAUGCCUCUUCAGCCUCCACAACCGCCUAGAGGUCCCGCUGCCGACAUGCUGCGCAGAGAUUCUACUAUGACCACAUCCACUUUCAAUAUGGGUAACUGGAAACCAAACACAAGCAUCUACCGUGACCAGUUUGUUAAUGAUAAUGAUAAUGAAUCGCAAAUGAACUUCAGUGUCUAUAAUGGAAAAGACAACUAUGACAAGUUUGUGGGAGCACGUUCUUCCCUGGGAUAUGCCGAGUCCUUCACAAACUCGAGCACAUUAUCCGUUCCAGAGACAGUUGCCUUGCCUAGUAUACACGAAGAUACCUCGGACGCCGAUCUCACUAGAGAUGAUGAUGAUACUUCAGACGAUCGCAGUUUCACUCGUUUGGAGAACAGCAGAUCUGAUGGCGAUCUUUCUUUGCCUGGUAAAGACAAGCGUAGUUCAGACGGCUCAAUUUUCAAAGAAGAAAAGCUUACUUUGCCAGGCUCUCUUGACCAGUUACCAAAGGACGGUGAUAUUGACAACAGUGAGAAGUACAAGUCUAUCAGCUCUGUUGAUUCGAAGAGUGACAACGAGUUACACCAAAAGCCAGAGAGGUCUGGAACGAAACGUCUUGCCAGCUCAUCUUCAUUUGGUAUCAGCAAACCUCCCAAGCAAAAGUAUCCUGUUAGUAAGUGGAAGGACUUGACGAGCCACUCACAGCCAGUCGACAGAAUUGAAGCGUUCAAGAAUGCCAAACAGCGUGAAAUUGAGUACGAGUCCGGAUUGCAGUAUUGGCUUCAGGAAACCUUGCAAAAGACCGAGGUUUCUCCAAACAUGCAUAUCGGAAAGCUUGCAGAACAGGCUUACCAGAACGCUACACACACAGACAUUAGAAGACACACAUCAAUGGCCCUCAAUGCAACUAGUCUUCGAAACAAAGUGUCUUUGGUCAAGGAUAAAAUGGAUACUACAGCUGGAUUUGGUCGUCGUUUCUUGAACAAAGGUAAGAAGCUCAUGAAGUCGUGA